UGAAACAAAAGGUCCCAAGUGUAUUGAAAUGCCUGAUCGAUUUCCAAUGGUGCUUUGUUGAGCGCGGGCGAACGACAUGAAAGGCAAGAGCGACACUUCGAUCCACUGCCUUUUCCCCGAGAUUCUGGCCAUUAUUUUUAGUUAUUUAGACAUUAGAGACAAGGGAAGAGUGUCUCAAGUCUGUUCAAAGUGGAGGGACGCGGCUUACAGUCGUUUGGUUUGGCGCGGUGUUCAAGCGAGGCUACAUUUGCGGAGGUCAAAUCCAUACCUAUUUCCUUCGUUGGCGAAACGUGGUAUUCGGAAAAUUCGUAUACUGAGCCUUAAAAAGAGCUUGAACUACGUGAUACAAAAUCUACCAAAUAUAGAGAGUUUAAACCUCAAAGGAUGCUUCAACGUUACCGACAUUGGAAUCGGACAUGCGUUCGUGAAAGAUCUUUCGUCUUUGACAGUGUUAAAUCUAAGUUUGUGUAAACAAAUUACGGAUACAAGUCUAGGAAGGAUCGCUCGAUUUUUGAGCAAUUUGGAAGUGCUGGAUCUCGCUGGAUGUUGUAACAUAACGAACACUGGACUUCUUCUAUGUGCCUGGGGCUUGCCGAAGUUAAAGUACUUGAAUCUUCGAAGUUGCCGACACAUUUCGGACACCGGCAUCGCACACCUCGCCGGACUCAAUGCGAGUUCCGCUCGCGGUAACAAGAAUUUAACUACUUUGUGUUUACAAGACUGUCAAAAGAUCACUGAUAACGCACUAAGCAACAUUGCCAAGGGACUAGUUCACCUACAGUCGAUCAAUUUAAGCUUUUGCUGUGGUAUUACGGAGAGCGGGCUCUCUCACUUGGCCACUCUUCGAAGCCUGCGUGAAUUAAACCUUCGAUCUUGUGAAGGUAUCGGCGACGAGGGAAUCGCGCAUUUAGCGGUGGGAGGCCUUAAUUUAACUUACUUGGACGUAAGUUUUUGUGACAAAGUCGGCGAUGCGGCCUUGAAUCAUAUAUCUAAUGGACUUCACCAUUUAAAAAAUCUUGGCUUAAAUUCUUGCCACAUUACAGACGAUGGCCUUAGUAAAGCAGCACGAAGCCUUCACGAUCUUCGUGUGUUGAAUAUUGGCCAGUGUACCCAAAUCACAGACAUCAGCUUAGCUUCUAUCGCCGAAAACUUGACUAGUGUAACGAACAUUGAUCUAUAUGGCUGUACAAGAGUCAGCAAGACAGGUUUGGAGAAAUUAAUGCAUCUUCCUCAUUUACAGGUACUGAAUCUUGGAUUAUGGCAAAGGUGACCAAGUCCGAACAGCUGUGAAACAGUUGCUCGUAAUUUUAUAUAGCACAUGUCUUUGCAAGUUCUUAGUAAAUGCGAUUUAUAUCUGACACAGAAAAUUUGCGGAAUACACAGGCCUUUUUGCCAAGGAAAUCGAAUAUUUUCGACGUCCAUUUCUUUGUGCAUUCUGUGUGUUCAAUAUUAUUGUAUCUGUUUUCAUUCAUACAUAAAAGUGAAUUAGGGAAUAAAUUUGAGGCGGUUUGGUGUUUACAGACAUCUUCGUGGACACUUGGACCCAGUUUAUGUGAAUUCACACACAGUACGGGAAUAAAAAUACGCUUCUGCCGUCCAUUUACA